AUGAGCAUAAGAGGCGUGUUCAUUUUGAUAGGGCAAAAUAGUGCAGCCGCGAAUACGACAAUGAGCACUUCACCCAUGCUUACGGUGUGCAUCGUCUUGUUGAGCCUGCACGGCAUCUGCAACGGACAAGCACAAGCAACACAGAAAUGCCAAACACAUGGUCCCAACAUGGACGACUCGACACGUGACAUAAUUCUGGAAUUUCAUAAUGGAUUUAGGACCCAACUAGCUAAAGGAUUGUCGCCAGGUUAUCGAGGGAAUAAUCUAUUGCCUGCAGAAAACCUUUACAAAAUGAGAUGGAGCUGUAAUUUAGAAGCGAAAGCUGUGAAAGCAACCAAAAGCUGCGAUCAUUAUAAUAUUGCCGCCGAAAAUUUAGCACAGAACAUAUAUUAUUCCAAUGAUGAGGACUAUAUCCAAAAAAGGGGAAAGAAAAUGUUCCUCAUCGAUGCCAUGUACGAAUGGACAAUGCCAGCCGAAUACUACAGCACGAAAACGGCUAUAGAACCGAGUAGAGGAAUGCGAAAUGUGACCAGUUACAGAAACGGUGCACAGCUCACCUAUGUCAAUAUGGCUGCUGAAUCUAUUUAUGAAGUUGGCUGCAAUUAUGAGCAGUGCAAGAAUGGCGGAAUAGCCGAAGCUGUGUUCACAUGUUUCUAUAACAAGAUCAUUAAUGGAGGAGCAGUCGUGUAUUUGGUAGGAGAUGGAACCGGAUGUGCGCAGGAUCCUGUGGUGUGCACCUUGGGUAAAAGUCGUUGCGAAGGUCUACUAUGCGUGUACUGA